AUGGAUCUUAUGCUACCAGAAAAGUUCCAGCACAUUCUUCGUGUCAUGAAUACGAAUAUUGAUGGCCAACUUAAAAUAAUGUAUGCCAUAACUUCAAUUAAAGGUGUUGGCCGACGCUAUGCCAAUGUAGUAUGUAAAAAAGCUGAUAUCGACCUUAACAAGCGUGCUGGUGAACUAACUGAAGAUGAGGUUGAAAAGCUUGUGACAGUUAUGAGUAAUCCAAGGCAGUACAAGAUCCCUGAUUGGUUUCUAAACAGACAGAAAGAUGUCGACGAUGGCAAACACUCACAAUUGAUGUCCGGUGCUUUGGAAACUAAGCUACGUGAGGAUCUUGAGCGAUUAAAAAGGAUAAGAUCUCAUCGGGGUAUACGUCACUAUUGGGGAUUGCGAGUUCGCGGUCAACACACAAGAACAACUGGACGACGUGGACGAACAGUUGGUGUAUCUCGAAAGAAAUAG